UGCUUAAAAGCAUGCAGACAUAGUUAAGAUGUUCAGUUGUUGUUCAGUCUAAACAUCAGAAUGGGGAGGAAUUGUGAUCUAAGUGCCUUUGACCGUGGAAUCAUUGUUGGUGCCAGGCGGGGUGGGUUGAGUAUCACAGAAACUGCUGAUCGCCUGGGAUUUUCACGCACGACAGUCUCUAGAGUUUACAGGGAAUGGUGCGAGAAGCAAAAAACAUCCAGCGAGCGGCAGUUCUGUGGGCGAAAACGCCUUGUUAAUGAGAAAGGUCAGAGGGUAAUGGCUACCCUGGUUCAAGCUGACAGGAAGGCGACAGUAACUCAAAUAACCUCGCGUUACAACAGUGGUGUGCAGAGGAGCAUCUCUGAACGCACAGCACGUCGAACCCUGAAGUGGAUGGGCUACAGCAGCAGGAGACCACACCGGGUUCCAAGGACAGACGAACAGAAAGAAAAAGAAAAAAUGGCUAGUUCUGCAGACAAGCCACUGGAGGGUGAUCUACAGGGCUUUAAGAUCUGUUAUGUGCAAGGUGAUCUGUUCUCAUGCCCAGAGAAGGAUGCACUGGCACAUUGCAUCAGUGAAGAUUGUGACAUGGAGGCAGGGAUAGCGGUCUGGUUCAAGUGGAAAUAUGGAGGUGUCGAGGAGCUGCAGAAUCAGAAGAAAAAAAUUGGGGAUGUUGCAGUGCUAAAGAAAGAUCAGAGGUGCAUCUACUAUCUGAUCACCAAAAAGCUGGCAUCAGAUAAGCCUACUUAUGAUGCUGUACAGAAAAGCCUCAAGGCCAUGAGGGACCACUGCUUGGCUAAUGGAAUUUUGAAGAUCUCAAUGCCUAAGAUCGGAUGUGGCCUGGAUAACUUGGAGUGGGACAAAGUUUCUGCGAUCAUUGAAGAAGUCUUUAAGAGCACAAAUAUUGUAAUCACUGUGUACUCUUUGUGAGAAUAACUUUGUUAUAUGUACAACACUAUAAUUAGUAUCUUUACUCGUUGUCGAGGACAGGUAAGGAUAAAAUGUUGACAGGUAUUUUUGUUGGGUACCUGUUUGAUUCCUGUUAUUUGAUGGUUUACAUUUUUUUUUGAUUCUGUUGGCAGGUCUAAAUUUCCUGGUGUCUUUAACAUGCUAGCAAAGCCACCAUAUUCAAAUACAAAUUUCAAUGCAGUGUAUCCUCAUAAUUUCAAUAGUGGAUUGUCAUAUAUGGGGAAAGAUGGGCAGUUCAUUUUUGUUCAGUUUCAUAUCAGAAGCGUGAGGCAAUUCAACAACUUUCUUCAGUCUAAGACUUAUUAAUGUGGCAACUGAUUUUGCAUGAGUUCUAACUUGCAAUGUCAAUGAACCUGUUCACAUGUUCCCUACUGUAUAAAUUUGAGAAUUAAAACUUUUU